AUGUCAUUGAAUGAAAAUUCAUCACUUCCCAAUAACGAACUAUUAGAUUCCAAUCGGAAAAGAAGCUCUGAACAACCUUUUAAUCCUAAGAUCACUCAAAAUGGUGAAAAGAGAAUUCGUGUCUUAACAGCUUGCGAUUCUUGUAAAAAGAGGAAGUCAAAGUGUGACGGAGAAAACCCAUGUUCAACCUGUAAGCAGUCAAAGAAACCAAAAAACUGUGUUUAUACUGAAAGGCAGAUAAGAAAGAAGUCCAACAUACCAAAGGAAAGUAAGAGGGAGAAAAAAAGUAAGAAUGAUUCGAAAAGUAAUGAAGAAGGAGUAAAAGUUGAGAAUGAGAUUGAUGACAAAGAAACAGAGUCGGAAUUUGAGCGAUCGCCCGAACUGGCAACAUAUGAGAUAAGUCAAGAACCGAAACCUACAAAUCAAGUUGAUUCUUCAAACUUUGAAAUGUUGGACAAAAGAAUGCUGAAGCUUGUGAAAGUGAUGGAUAAAAUGACAAAAACUAUGGAGAUAUUAGCAGGUCAAGUUCAGUCUCAGCAAGAAAUGGGCUCUGAUAAGGACUCUGAAACGAAUGAGGAAACAAAUUUAACAUCACAAGAAAACAAGAAACGUCUAUUGAAACACCAGAUCUCAGCCAACAACAACAACAACAACACACAUACGUCUGACUCAACAAAUAUUGAAUUUAGAAGUGGACAUCAGUAUAUAGGAACUCACUCAAUUUUGAGUAUAUUUUCAAAACAAUCAUUAGAUUGGAUGGAACAAACACUUGAAAAAGAUGGACUUGAAUAUAUUAGACCUGUCAGAAAUUUACCAUUAUUCCUACACUCGAAAAUGAAAAGAUUUAUAACAAAAUGGAUAGAUCCACCACCAGUUGACGCCCAUGCCAAAAAGAAACUAAUGGAAACUCCCUUUCCUCGUGAUUCAAAAUUAAUUUAUGAAGUGAUAGAUGUAUAUUAUAAGGAGCUUACAACAAUAAAUGUUUUAGUUGAGUCAUCUUAUAUUGAUCACCUAUUUAAAUGUUAUUAUAAUAACUACAAGGAACCUCAGAAGAAGAAAAGGUUUACUUUAUCAGAAUUAUUAAUCAUGACUAGUGUUGUGCUAAUUGGAUUGAACAAUAAAAUGGAUCAUGGAGGUUCAAAAGAACUGAAAGCGAAAUUAUCAAAAUUAUUAGAUUCAUUAACAAAUAAUGCCAUUUUUUAUUAUCAAAGAUUAUGUAUUGUAAGCGAAGGGAUUGAAACAGUUGAAGCUUUAUUAUUAUUCAUAAUAUAUCUUGAAUUCAGUUGGCUCACAAGCCAUUUAAACUAUAUUCCUGUAACAAUUGCAAUAAGAUAUGCACAAGAUUUAGGAUUACAUCGUUCUGAUUCAUUCAGGCAUUUGAGUUUUCAGGAACAAGAAAGAAGAAGACGUCUUUGGUGGUUUUGUUACUAUUUUGAUACGGAAUUAUGUUUUAGAAGUGGUAAACCUCCAACAACUAAUACAAAUGAUGUCACAACAAAUGGUGACGAAGAUAUGCUAGAAUUUUGCUUGUCCACUUCUAACGCAUUUAACGAAAGUAACUCGGAUAGGAAUAGCGUCAGUCAUAGAUUCUGUUUAGACGCAGCAGAUGAGGCAAUAUUGGGGGACAGUUCGCAACCUUUAAGUUAUAGAUUAUUGAAGAGUUUGAAAAAGUUUGAACAUACUGACCCUCAUAAUGUUCUGUAUUACCAUUUUUUUGCGUUAUUGUUAGCCAGAAUUAAAUCUAAAUCGUAUCAUUCAUUAUUUGAAGCUGCUGCUCAAGCAAAGGACUUUGAUGUCUUGUCUUCAACAUUGGAAGACUUAAAUGAAGAGAUGUUUGAGCUAGCUAGAUGGUCUGAAAGUGAAGAAAGGCCAAGAUUUUAUCAUGAUCCACAAUUUAAAUUUAUGCCGAAUGAUUGGUCAAAAAGUAAAAGAGAAGUUGUAUUGGUUUUGCAAUUGACAUUCUUUUCGCAUUUAAUGGUCAUCAAUAGAUUCCCAUUUAUUUUAAAAACUAAGUCAUUAGAGACGGAUGAUAGAAUUUUGAAAUUCAGAACGAUUGCAUUAGACUCUGCCAGGACCAUUUUGGUAUUGAUCAAACAAUUGAACAAGUCAAACACUACCGCAUCAUUUUAUAACUGGUUGUCAUAUUUACCUGUGUCUGCAUUUUUAAUACUUUGUGGUACAUGUUUAAAUCACCCUUCGGCCCCUGAAGUUCCUAGUGAUAUCAGACUAUUGAUUGAAUCGUCGUUAGGAUUUUUCGAUAUCACGGGUUUAUCAUCAGAUGCUAAUACAAUAAAAGCCAUUUUGGGCCAUGGUGAACAGGAUGAUUUUACACAGAUAUUUAUAAAAUUAAUGCUCAGAAUUGUAAUAAAAAAUUAUGAAAACAAAUCAAGAAUCACGGACUUUUCAAAUGAUAAAAAAUUACAAGAACAUUUAAACAAUAUACAAACUAAAUUUCCGGAGUUAUUUAAAAAGUUUGAUAAUAUAAAUGAUAGCUUAACUUUAGUUGGUGCAUCCCUUUUUGAUGAUAGUUAUCAGCAACAAUCAUUUGAAUACGAUCUGAUUAGUAAUAAAAGUAGUUCCAGUAAUCGUGUUAGUCCUUAUGUGAACUCCCCAAGAUAUAAUCCAUCAGUGUCAAAUAUUAUGCAUCCAGAUCAAAGUGGGCAAUCACAUUCAUCAACAUCACCUUCAUCAGAUCAAAGUAACUAUUCAAUGUAUCCAAAUCAAAACCUUCCACAACAGUUUCAAGUUGGACCUGGAAGAUCGUCACCAUUAAAUGCACCAUUUAAUCAGUUUCAUCCAAAUCAAAUAAGUCAAGAUCAAAUGUAUAUUCAACCAAAUGCAAGUAAUGUUCGUUCGAAUCACAAUGUUAAUCUUAAUGACCAAAAUAUCCCAUAUCAACAAGUGAGUUCUGAAAAUCAAAAUAAGUAUUUUGGAAAUAAUGUUCCUCCAACACCAACUCAAAUGUUUGAUAAUUAUGAUUUGUUAGCUCAACAUUUUAAUAAUGAUGGCGCUUCUAAUAUCAUAUUGAGUCAAAUGAAUAAUAUGCCUAAUUUCUUUUUUGAUAAUAAUUUAGGAAUAUAA